UCAACUUAAAAAAGCUUUCGGUGAAUAUCUAUCUAGAAUUGCAAAUGAUCUUUGAAAAUUUCCAACAUCUAGACAUCAUCCUUCCUUCUAGGAAAUCAACAUUGAAUAUUGGAAAAGGCUUCAGCCUCUAGUGUCAAGAGCCAUGAAAUAGCUAGUAUAGCUAGCCAAGCCAGCUUUACGUGUCCAAGCUCAAGCUAUUUCUUGAAGCCUAUCCCUUCAACCUCAAUCCUCAAAGGGACCGACACAGGCAAUUGGUCAACUAAUUAACCAUCUUCUUGUCUUGGUGGCUUAAUUCUUCAAGCUAGCUGGUCCUAUUUCAUACCACCUCCCAUACAUAUCCAAUAUUCUACCAACCCUGUUUCCUCCUCCUCCUCCUAUAUAUCCAAACACAAUAUGCAGCUCCACUUUCUCCCCUCUCUUUGAUCUCUUUCCCACAUCACUUGUUUUCUAUAUUCCCAGCUAUAUCAUACAUGCCUCGAAUCUUUAGUACAAAAAUAGGUACUCAAAAUAUGGGCAACUGUCUAAAACUCAGAAGGCGUAAAGUGUCAUCAAUGGCAUGGGCUGGUGAUGACUGGGAUUCCUCCGAGGCACAAAAAAAAUAUGUCCCAGAAAACCAAAGCUUACUCGAUGAUGACCAUAACCCGGGUUUCUCAUCAUCUUCAUUUUCCAAUGGGAGAGAAAUAAAGAUUAGGAUUACCAAAAAACAGCUGGAGAAAUUGCUAGGGGAAGUUGACGUGGGCGAAAUGCCGGUGGACCAAAUGUUGUCGAGGCUGAUUAAUGCUAGCGAUCAACAUUUUCAGGUUCAAAAUCAACAACAACGGUGGUCAUGGAGGCCCCGUCUUCAGAGCAUUCCUGAGGCUUUCUUGUUGAAGAACUUGGCCUGAGAUUUCAGAGUGUGUUGGACAUCCUUAACAAUGUAUUGG